AUGUCCCAAGACAGGAGUUCUCUAUCACAUCACAUCAUAUCACAUCAUAUCACACCAUACCACAUGCGGUCGCCUCUAGCCCAGUCUGAACCUUCUUAUGAACAGGUCCAAGCAAGUGGCGACAACAUCCGGCUGCACUCAUUAGACGUGGACAAGGCUGUGAAACGAUUUGCGAUUGAAGAAGAUUUCGCUGGAUCUGAAAUUUCCAGCUCCCUGCUAGAGCAAGUUGCCAUUGCUCGCCCCUCCUUCUUCGAACUUGACAAACUCUCUCAGGCAAGAGCCAACGGACUGCAGGUCGAGGCAGGAGCUGCGAGGAAGACAACUCUGGGGUUAGAGAGAUACCUUCUCGUCAACGUAGGAGCCAGUCCAGACCUCUACGAGGUUUCUUGCCUAUUUCCUGCCUUGAGGCUAUUGACAAAUGCGGUUGAAAUCAAGUGGCUGGUGAACGACUGGCUGUCCAAGGACAAGGUCGAGGAGGCCCUCAUCACAUGCUCCCGGGCAGCGAAGUUGCUCGGCGAUUGGGGAUAUGUCCACUGGAUGCAUGCGCAAACGUUGUCCAAGUCAGAUCGGGCUGAGGGACCUCGAGGCUCGUGA